UUUCUUACUAGGAAACUACACGUCUCUCUAUUACACCAAAGUAAUCGCCCCCAGAUGUGACUUUAUUUACUAUUAUACCCUUUCUUGAUCACUCCAUAAACCUUUUCUCUCUUGGUCUCUUUCCCUUUUGACCGUAACAACAAGUCAACAACGAUGGCGAGAGGCUCUUCCCAGUCCCAACAAUCAACCUCCACCGCCUCCUCAACCGCUCGGCCCGGUAUGGCCGCUCCACGUGGAUCCGCGGCCGCUACUGCCGGCAUGCGACGCCGCAGGCUAGGCGGUGGGGGCGUGUCGUCAGGCGGAGGAUCCGCGGGUGGAUCAGGACCGAGCAACAUGCUGAGGUUCUACACGGAUGACGCUCCUGGCUUGAAGAUCUCACCGACCGUUGUUCUGAUCAUGAGUCUCUGUUUCAUCGGCUUCGUCACCGCUCUUCACGUCUUUGGAAAACUCUACCUCCACAAAUCCGGAUCCCAAGCUUCUUAGAUCCCGAUCUUGAUCUUGAUCUUGAUCUUCUCUUUUGCAUGUUCAAUCAGUGUUGUUUCUUUAGACUUCUCUCUUUUUAUUCUGUUUCGAUGAGAUCUAUGUAAAUCGCUCUAAACUUUGAAUAAAACAUGUUUAAGGUUCAUAUAUAUGCACCUAUUAGUA